AGUACUUUGGCAGGCCAUAAAAUGAUGGACGGAAAUCCUGAUAUUGCAGAUUUAAGCGAUCCGUUUAGACCGACAAAGCUCGCCGAAGAAUUUAGAGAAAUUUACGACGAUGACUGGACGCAUGCUUAUGAAGAACUGGACACAAAUUCUAAACCUGAAAGUGACAAUAUAGACACUCUUACUUACCUCAUAAAGGAAAUUCAAACAUUUUGCACAUACUCUAGUUCACAACAAAUAAAUGCAAUGGAAAAAGUAUGUAAAGACGAGUUGGUAAAUCCAAAGGUUCAUAUCCUAAAACACAGCGGAAUAAUGUGCGGAAAGACACCAUCAGAGAUGAAUAAUACACAGUUAGAAAUCACUCACAGAAUGAUAUGUGACCUGAGGAAGUCUAUGGGAACUUUGUCUGUUAGACCAUUGGUCCAGAUAUUUCAUGAAAAAUGGGUGAUAAGAAUGAAACAGGAAGAGAAGCUACCAUCCACUUCCAAACAUAUUGAAAAUUUUGUAGCAAAGGCAUUUGAAGUAAUAUGGCUGAUGACGAUUCAGAACCCGCCAAUGAUAUUCAAAUGGCAGAAAAGAGAUGAACCGGUUGAUAAAGAAAGAUUCACUUUCUAUACAAAAAGAGGGAAUACAAUUAAGCAAACAGUAUGGCCUGCUGUGUUACUUCAUGAAUCCGGACCUCUGAUGUCGAAAGGUAUCGUUCAAGCACAAUGAAAGGACAUUAAAUAUCCGAGCAGACGACAGAAAAAAAGGAUGUUGUAUAUAUUUGAUACUGUAUAACUAUAAUGUAUCAUUUUUUAGAUUAUAUUUGAUAAUAAUGUAAUAUUUAAAAAAAAAAUGAUGUGCAUGCUUGAUAUAAUACUGUGUUCCGUUGAGUUUUGUGCAUGCCAUUGUUUGUUAUGAUGAAGUCAUGCGGAUCUGAAUGUCGACUUUCCGGCUCUUCCUCCUUAUUGCAUUAUUUCUGAAUUAUUCAUUAGUCCAAAAACGGCAAGGGACUUUAUCUUGAAGUCCAAAGUCGACGACCAUAACCUCCUGCUAACGAAGCCUAGAGGGAUGACCUCUUAAACUUACAUUAACACACAAUUUUAUUAAAUAUUACGGUUGUAUGUGGUCAAUUGGACUAAAAUCAGUUUCUAAAUAUUGUUAUGUAAGAUCCUAACUAGUUUGAAUGUGUAUUCAGUUUUGUUUUUGAUUUCUUAAUACGGUUAUUUUUUGAAUCAGUAAAUAAUUUGUUCCCAGAUGAAA